CCCUCGUCUUGUCUGUCUCCUCCCCUCUCCCUCUUUUAAACUCCCUUCUGGGUUGUUCCUCGAUUCCCCGGCUCCUAGGAAUCGUUCAGGCUGUUUCCGUUGCCUCCCCCUUGACCUCCCCCUUACCAACCCCGAUGGCAUCCUUCAUGCAGUCUCUGCCGGUCUGCUCGGCUUCUCGCAAGCAGUCAACCGCUGUUCCCUUCUAUCUGCACAAAGCUUCACAGUCUAGAGUCUCGUCAGGGACGCGUAGCUCCUUCUCCUCGCUAUGUUCUUCAGCUAGAUUGACCCCCUCUCAACUCACUUCUCGUCACUCCUCCCAAAUUAUCUCUCAGCCCCAGGUUGCCGCCCAGCAAUGUCGGACUUUCCUCGUUCAACUCAAGCGGCAAUCUCAGACACUCAAGGAAACCCCGGUAUCGCAACCGCCGCCCAACCUGCAACUCACAAACCUCCCUUAUUUCAUCCGUCGCACAGCCUCCAAUCAACUCCCCGUAUAUCUCGUCACUAAGGCCGGCGGUACCAAGCAACAAACCAAGCUCCAGAAGACUGAAGGCGAUCUGGAUGCCCUGAGGAACGAUCUGGCGCAGUACCUGGGACUGGAGUCGGGUGACCCCCGCGCUCCCAAGAGCCCGGAUGUGACCAUUAACCGUCUUAACGGUCACAUCAUUGUCAAGGGCUGGCGCAAACCUGAGAUCCUGAAGUUCCUCCAGGAACGCAACUUCUAAGCAAAACGACAAGAGAAUAAACCGGAGUCAUCCCUGGAUCCCUUUCGCUCCUCUUCUACUAUCAAAC